UUACUUGAGCGCUGGUUUGUUGUGCUUGGUGUGUGCCAUGGCGACGCAGGGGCGGGUCUUUGUACACGUUCGUAUUAGUUGAGCGGUUUUCAUGGCAACGGAUUCCUGCGUUACCCUGGCUGCGAACCUUUUAUAUUCUAAGGAGCUACAUUAAAGACUUCCUUUGCACGGAUGGGACCACAAGAGCCAGCCUGCAACAGUUCCCUUGGUUAAAGUUGAGUCACAAUAGGAUGACAAGUGAAUGGAGACAAUAAAGAACAGAAAAGCGGGGGUUUUGUCUUGGACUCCAGCUCCAGCCUGCAUCUCACCCGCCAGCUCCGAAACAUGUGAGGAUGAAUGGGAUGAGGGGGAAGAACAAGAUCAUGACUUUUGUAGCCAGAUGGAUGACAAUGGCAUAAUUGGAUUGCCACUAGUGGAUGAGACACAGGAACAUGAAGACAAUACAGAACCCUCAUCUCCACCACCUCCAAUCCCAGAGGAUCCUGGUGGCUGUGAAGUACAGGAUAUGCCACCCGAGGAGCUAAGUUUCAUCCUAAAUGAACGCCUAGAUGAUGUGGAUAUAUUGUCAACCUUCUCUGAUGAUGUUUGCGUCUUACAAGAACAAAGGUGUAGUGAAGACAAGGCAAAUGAAAUGAAGACACAAAAAGAAGGAGAGAAGACAAAGCACUUUUCUGAGAGGGACACGUACUUGGACAUGGCUCAGGGGGAGAGAGAUGGAGCGGAAAGUGAGUGGGGUUUGCGAAAUGCACCAGUCUACAAUAGCAAAGAAGAGUCCGAGAUCAUCAACGAGGGCCAAUUUUUUGACUCUCCCCCCUCAAUAGUAGAAGCUGAUGGAGACUGCAAACCUCAAUGUCCAACAUACCAGGCUUCUUCUUGUCCGACCCUCCCCAUUUUCAAUCACCUGUGCCAUUUUACUUCUGACGAAAUGGCUACUGCUCCUGGGAUCACUAAUGAAACUCUUCCAGAUCUAGGAUUUGCAGAUAGUCCUCGACACUCAAACAACCUCAUUAUCUUUGAGUCCAGUUUUCACCAUGAACAAAACUCUGACAACGAAGAACAAGAACUAGAAGACGCUAUAUGUCCUCAACCACUCACGUCUAAUUGUCAGAGUAGUGUUAGGAAUGAAUGUUCCAAGACUGAUCCUAAAAAUUCCUAUCACUUAUCAACCAGAAUGUCACAUCCCUGUCAUGAUGGUGUACUUUCAGGAACAAGUUCUCAUAACAAACCAAAGGAGGACUGCUGUCACACUCCCAGACGAUCUAAUGAAUCAAGAAAAGGCUUGCCAAGUCACUGGAUACCAGAUUUAUCCAAGGUAAAGCCAAGGGUCUCUUUCCCUAAAGGGGAUUACAAGCCUCCCAAGAGCAGAUGGUCUUCCAAGAAUCCUCCAAAGUCCCUGACACCGGAGGCUCCUGUUGUCUUUAAAUCUCCUGCUGACAUUGUGAAAGAAGUUCUGCUGAACACAACUGAUGGACCUCAGCCACCAUUAGAAUUUGAUAAAACAACAUCAGUUGGUGGUCCUAAUGGGACUGUACCUCAGGAGUUCAGAUGCCAGCAGAAGGCUGGUAUCCUGCUCGACCAACUUCAGGAGGACCAUGGAAAACUGCUGACUAAGUAUGCCGAGGCAGCAAACACAAUUGACCGCCUGCGGUUGGAAGCCAAGGUUAACCUGUAUUCUGAACAACCAAAUCCUGCUCACGUCAUGCCAUUUGGACUGCAUGUUGAGCCUUCAAAGUUUAUGCGAAUGGACUUCCCUCAGGCUCAGAAAGCACAGCCCGACUCGGUUUCUCCUCAGCUGAGUGGACCCAGCGCACACAUAAGAGCUUCGUCGGAUCUAUGUUUAUCUGCCUCCAUUCCAAAGAGCUCAGACUGCCAAAGUAGUCUGAAGGUGGCAACUACACUCUAUGUACAGGCGGACAAGUUCCUCCAUCAGCUACAAGAUUUUGAGGACUUGCUGAAGAGUAAAACGCCUUUCCAGUUGGUGAAGGGUCUUGCCCAACUUUAUCAAGCACUGGACUCUUUGGAAAUGGGCUACCUGUCAGCCAAGAAAGAACACAAAGUCCUUCAGCAGGAAGGGGCAGAGCACAGCCACUUCGACCCCAACCGAGAGCUGGAGGAGUUAAUUUACCAGUGUGGGCGGCAUAUGGAUGAGCUGAAAGAGAGGGUGGAUCAGAGGGCCCUCGAUGUUUCUGCUCAUUCUCUGAGUCUUGAAGCCCAAAAAUCUUCUCCAUCCGACAAGUCUCACUUCGAGCAUCAAUGCACACCUUUACUGCUUGAUCCAGUAGAGGUGACCCAGAAAAAAGCUCCCAUCCUCACCGUAAACUGUUGUGACUUCAAGAAAACAUGUGCAGAACAAGCCACAGAUGUGAAUCAGAGUUCAACUGUGUGCCUCACUCGCGCUCCUAAUAUUAGGAGGAGGAAGGAAGUUAGGAAGUCCUACAGCAGCAGUCAGAGCAGUCUGGGAGAAACAUAUCAAGAGGAGAAGAGACUCACCAAAACUCUCACUGGCAUUAGGAGAGUGCUUUCUCAGGACGGGAUCAUUUCUCCAGGAACAGACAGUGGUUUUGUUGCUUCCGAGUACAGUCAUCAGAUUUGGACUUCAGCUCCCUGCUCUUUCCACCAGAGAGCCUCAAAGAGUGUUCAAAGGCCUGCAAAAGCAAGCUUAGUCAAGCCUCAGACAAGCCAAACUUCGCCACAAACUUGUGACUCCUUACAGUCACACAAGCGCACAUCAAUGGAGCCCAGCGAAUAUUUCAAACAAGCUACAAGGAGAUCGGAUCAGGGGGAAUGCAAACAAAGGCAGUGGGUCAGUCAGACAGAUUCACUUGGGACUGACAGUGAAACCAGUGAGUUUGCAACCCAUAUUGUGUCAGAACAUGUACAAAGUGACCAGUAUGAAGAAACCCUUCCCUGUUCCUCCCCAAGCUCCUCCUCCUCUGAUAUGCGUCAUCACCAUGGUGACUCUCUAAAACCCUCUCUCAAGUCCACUCAAUUGACGACUUGCAAUGAUCAAAGUGGGGCCAGCAAGCCCAGUUUGCCAGAGCACAUUAGGGAAAGUCCAUUGACAAUCCCUCAAGAGCCAUACAUUGUAAAUAAUUUUGCUAAAGGCAAGUUGGCUCACCACAGAACUUCACAUCUUCUUAGGUCUGGAGAGCAAUUGCUUGAUAUAGGUGGAAACAACAGAAAGAAAUGGACAUUUGAUGGGGAUGAGGUGGAGAAGGUGGUGAGACACACAACCAGAAAAAGAUUGAUUCACAAAAGACAAACACAGCCCGACACAUCAACUGCAACAGAGGAUGAAAAUUCUGCUCACAGACUUCUGGUGACAAGAUCCACUCAAACAUCUAUUGCAGCUGCUGACAGUCAACCUGUACACUCAACAAGGGAUCAUGCUGAGUGUGCAAAUGACAAUGAUGGCAAGACAAGGGGAGUUCCUCCUUGUUCUCAGUGUUUGUCACAUCACAAAUGGUCUUCAGAAAAACCAGUUGGUGGCAAUCAAGAGGCAACCCAGUUGUGUUCCUGUCAUUGUCAUCAUUGUCAUCGCUGUGGACAUUCUGAUACCAAGACAAGGAAUGAGCAAGACCGUUGCAGAGACUCAAACACACCUAGGAUCUCCAACUGCAAACCAGAGUCUCCCAGCAGAUCGUCAUUGUGUCCUACACCAUUGCUCUUUUAUCUCCAACCUCAACCCCCCCACAUGUGCACCAACAAGACAAGUUCUACUUCAAAGGUCAACAAUAACAACGAGGAAGAGAGGCUGGGACCCUCGCCAUGCGUUGUUUCGCAACGCUCUCUUGACGACGCCCUCCAAGCUGCGCGGAAGGUAAAAGUCAGGUCAAAACGCAUGGUGCGUUCUCUGACCGCAGACCUGCGCUCACUGGAGCGACUGUCCAAGUCCUGCUCCAACUCAAACUCGGACUAAUAUUGCAUCUGCUCGUAGUCUACAUGAUACAGUCAAACUGACUUUUUAAAAAUUUGCCAAGAUCUGCUGCUUGUUUUGCAGCAUUGUUUUAAGUUCAAUUUUAAGGCAACUUUUGUUUGUCUAUGAUGGCCAAAUAACUGGGGAUGCGCAUGCGCAGUAAAAACAUUAAAUGCAUUAAACAUUGCCGAGUGAAGCAAGGGAAAAGGUACACUUGUUUAUUUUCCAUCCGCUCUCUUUCCAAACAGUACAGUACCACAAUGCUGUUUCUCCCUCACCCUGCCAUCUUUGAACUGCGCUAUAGAAAACAGUUCCUAAGAGGGAGAACAAAUUAACUAAUGACAAGACAUUUCUACGAGGUGUGCUCGGCCUGAUCCUGUGUGGCACAACCUCGCAUCUUCGCUCAACUGAACUGAGAUAGGAACAAGUGUUCAUCAAUUAUUCCAUUCAGUACAUAAAUGCAAAAGUCCCUUCAUAUGAACGACUCGUUCUCUAACGACAAAACAGUCAAGAGAUUGGAAGGCAGAUUCAAAUGUCCAGGAUGAACACAAAGGAGUUACUGUUGUUUUAUCUCAUGCCUCCAGUGAAAGAAUUUUCUCUGCACUUGAACACAAAGAACAUCUGACAGACAUCUGCUUGAUUAUUUUAGGAAUACAAAAUAAUGUAUCUGGGAUGGCAAAAUCUGUUGAUAUGAAAAAAAAACUCACAGUACCCAGCAAGGAAACAGAAGACGUGUUAUUGUAAACCAUCCAAAUUGUAAAGCUUGGUCUUUUUUUUUUAAUUGUAAAGAUACCAUGCAUCCAUUCAUUUUCUGAGCUGCUUAUCCUCAGGAGGCUCGCGGGAGUGCUGUAGCCAAUCCUAACUAAACAAGCAGGAGGCAGGAUACACGCUUACUGGUUGCCAGCCAAUCGCAGGGCACAGGGAGACAGAAAACAGUCACACUCACAAUCACACCAAGGGGCAAUUUAGAGUGUCCAAUUAAUGUUGCAUGUUUUUGGGAAGUGGGAGGAAACCCGAUGCCCGGAGAAAACCCACGCAGGCACGGGGAGAACAUGCAAACUCCACACAGGAGGGAGCAGGAUUUGAACCCAGGUCGUCAGAACUGUGAGGCCAACGCUCUACAGCUGUUCCACUACUGUGCCGCCAAGCUACCAUACAGUAACUUUAAACUCUCCCUUUGGCAACUUAAAACGUAAAAUAAAACUGUGAAUCAGUUUGACUGUCAUGAGAAUCUUUUGAAAGUAGCACUUUUACAUUUCAUUUUGUGCAAAUGUUUCCACCACAACCUUUUCCAGAUGAUUAUUUUGUUAGAUCUAUUUUAUUAGGUAAGGCCUGUAUUAAGUUAUACAAUAUGAAUACAUAAAAAAACAUUUCUAAAUCUUAUCGGCCACAUUUAUUAACGCAGUACUGUAAUUGCAAGCCAUAGUAAGAAAUCUUAGUAUGACUGCUACAAGUGAGGUCACUGGAGCGGAAAUUUUAAAAAAUGAGCACGAAAAAACAACCUCUGAUGCUCGUUUGAAGACCAAAUCAAAAAAAUUUCGUGCCCCCCCCCCUCCAAAUAGCAUUUUUGAGGACAUAAUAUUUACACUGUUUAUCCAUGUCCUGACAUACUUAAAGGCCAAACUGUCAUCAGCACCCUAGAAUGUUUAAUGCCAGUACAAUAUGUUUAUGUAAACCAUAGAUGAAGCUCAUUGAAAACAUUGGCAUUGCAAAACAAUGAACACUUGUCUAAAGUAGGCUGGUUGGACUUGUGAAUCAUGUCUCUCAGUUUCUUUUACUACGCAGCGUUUGAACUUUCAUAAUCUGACUAAAAUUGUUGCUCAUGAUUAUUUCCCAAGGAAUUUGGGGUAAAGCCACUUAUUCAUCCGUCUGACUUGUGAGUUCCCACUCAAGUGACGGUAUGACAGUGAGUGUGAAUGGUUGUCUCGAUGUUUGCCCUGUGAUUGACUGCUGAUCAUUCCUCAGAGUAGACUACCUUUCCUCUGAAGGCGAUUGGCCUAAAAUCCAGCUCCAAUGAUGGAUUAAUGGAAUUUGGGCAAAAGGUGUGAUGCCUACAUUGACCGAUGUAGCAAUCUUCAAUAAAGAUGUAAUACAAGACACUUGGUUUAUUUUUUAACUAUUCAUUGCAUAAAUUUUCUGAGCAUAGUUAAAAAUGUUGUGAAAAUACAUUUGUUUCAUUUUCUUGUUAGUGAACAUCUCUUAUCCAUAUAGCUGGACUCGCAAAUUAACUGGACUUCACAUCCAAAUAUAUGAAACUGUACUUGAAAACAUUUACGUGGAGAUUGUUUUGACUUUUUGUUUUAUCUUUUAAACCGCGUUGUCUUUUUUUUUGUUUGAACUCUGGAUGUUAUAGGAACCAUUAUAAAGGUUGAACAUAUUGCAAAUGCUGAUUAUUAUAUGAUCACUAUGAUAUUGAAGAUUUAUUUAGCGAAGUUGUAAAAGUGAAGAUGGCACAUGUACAGUGAGGAAAGUAAGUAUUUGAACACCCUGCUUUAUUGCAAGUUCUCCCACUUAAAAAUCAUGGAGGGGUCUGAAAUUUUCAGCGUAGGUGCAUGUCCAUUUUAAAACUGUUUUUUUUUAACUUGUAAUGUAUCCUUGAAUAACAUGAAAUGCACUAAAAUUAAAUGCAUUACCAUUUAAUUUUUUUAUACAUAUACUAUAUGUUGAACUA